UCUAUUUUUUAUCCAAAUUAUAGUUUUGAUCGCCUUUUAUUGGAAUAUUAAGGUAUCAUGAAGUAAAUAUGCUCGGAAGGAAGAAAAUAAAAUGUGAUGGAAAAUAAACAGACUCCAUCCAAAAGGAAAUUGAUAUCAAUUCAAGAAGAGAAAUUGAUACGCGAAGUCAACUACGACGCUCUUGCUGAAACACCGUGCCAUCCACCAAAAAAGCUUCUUUUAGAAAUACUUCAAAAAGGCUCAAAUUUCAAAAACUCAUCUCAAAAAGUACUUGUUUCUAUAAAGCCAAGGGCGCCAGCAAUUAAAACUUUAUAUAUAGCUGAAAAAAGUAGAUUUCAUUCCAAGAAGCGUUCUGAUAGAUCAGGUUCGAGGCUUGCUAUAGGAGACCAUUCAUCAUUUACAACGCAUUUUAGUGAAGAUGUUUCAAACGUAGUAAAUUCAGUUGCUUGCGGAACUAACCAGUUAAAAAUUCGAGCACAGAGUGAAAUCAUCUGUGAAAAGACAUCAACGAGUACUGCAUGUGUUGAAAGUUCUACGGCAAUUUCGAAAUGUUCAAAUACAGAAAAUUCUUGUCUUGUUUCCACUAUUAAUCCAAAACAAAGAACAGCAAAAACAUGUUAUCUUUACCCUCUACCCCAAAUAACUAUGACUCUUCCUAAAGUUGAAAAAAUGAAUGAAAACAACAAAACUUCUCCAAAAAAAGUUGACAUUGGAACACUCAUAGUAACAGAAAAAUCUUCCCCGGAAAAGCCUUCUCCACAUAGCAUAUUUCAUAUAAAUAAAAGAAUAGAUCAACUAGAAAGAAAAAUUAUAAAACAAGAAAUGGUUUUUCGUGCUCUUGACCCUAAUCUUCUAUAUUCAUCAUCUGACGAAGAAGAAUACAAAGAUAAAAAUAUGAAAGCUUCGUCUAGUAGUAAAAGGGCAGGCUGUAGUUACAUUGAAUAUAGUCACAUCACAGAAACAUCAGCAUUUCAAAGAUGCUCCCAACAACCAGUACCGUUAUCAGCAAGUAAAGCAACUACUAUAAAAAAAGAACAUAAUUCUGAGCAAUACGGUCGUGAUUUUACAUUAUAUGAUGGCAUUACAGCAAGAGGUAGACGACAGUGUGCAUCAGUCCCUUGUAAAAGGAACGAUUGCUCUAAAAUGGCUGCUGAUAGGGUUCAUAAAAUAAGACACAAGCUAAAUCCAGUACGGGAUUAUAGACUCAUGGAUACAGUUCAUUAUUUAGCUCAAGGGGAAUUUGCGCCACGAGAUGAUGGGAUUAAAUUAACACCAUCUCGGGAAGCUGUACUUAGUGAUAUAAUUUAUGAAGAUGUUUGUCGAACCCACUGGCCAAAUACUCGUCUUGCGCGACGAGUUCCCCACCAAGAUAGAUGUGGGACAAGAUCUGAUUUACAACAUUUGAUUGAUAGCUUACUUAGAGAACGAGUAGCUCAUGUGGAACGGCGAAAACGGCGUCAUUACAGAAUUGUUAAACUUAAUCAUCGCCAUGAAAAUAGUUGUCGGCCAGUCGGUAAGACUGGAGGCAUAAUAGUUGCAAGUAACAAAAAUAAGCCAGGUAACGAAAAAUAUGCUGCUAGUGAUCAUAACAACAGAAAAGUUACCACCGCAGAUAAUCGACGGACUGAUAAUUUUUUUUCUAGAAAUCAUAAAAGUUUUGAACGCCUAGUCUUUCCACAAUCGCGAACUGAUCGGCGUUUUAGACAAGAUGAUUGUUCUCCUGGACCAAGUUAUGUUGCACCUCGUUCUACAGCAGCCAGGGCGCCCACUUGUUGCUAUCAUACCUCUAAUCCUAGAAAACCGAUAAAAAGUUCCAAAACCAAACCCACCAAACAAGAAAGAAGUACUCAAGAUCUUACAAGCGGAAGAAGCUAUACCGCAGGAAAAACAUGCGAUAAAAACCCUCGUUUAGUAGUUAAAAAGAAUUCCUCAAGGAAAAAGUACAAUAAAGAGGAGCCAAAUCUGGAGCACUAUAUCUUAUUACCGACUCUUGUAGUUAAAACUUCAUCUAACAUGAAGCGUCAAAAGAAAUUUAGUGAACUUUAUCAUCGGAUACUUAAUGUACAAUUGAAUAGAGCCAACCCUUCUCUUAAAGAAAAACCCGAAGAUGAACUAACGGACUUCAAUGGAAAUAAAAGAAAUAUUGGUUUAAAUAUUAAUGUAACUCAUAUAAACAGCGAAGAAGUUUUAAAUAAAUAGGAUUCGCAGAAGAAAAUCGACUGUAACGACAAUAUUCAACUAACACGUCACGUCAUAAUUAUUGAUCCCUUACCAAAAUUAGCAGUGGAACUGAUAAAAACAGAAUAUGUGAGAAAAUGAAUAGUCAACUGGAGACCUACUUUGAGCAUUUUCAAAAUAUAGCAUUUUAUUAAUAAAGUUUUUGUUGGUGUAAGAUUCGUCAUACACACUAGACAAUUCGGUACAGAUCUGCAAUGAUGAACCGACACGAUAUUAUAUCGUUGCGAAAUAAUCAUGAAUACAUGGGCCACAAAAUGCCGCCACCGGUAUAUUUUCUGUAGUUCUCAUACAUUCCUUAUGGACUACCCGCACACGAUUGACGCCGCACGCUAAAAAUCAUCGCUGCUGUUCACUACAGAAAAUAUGCCCGUGACAAGGCCCGUGUGAGAGAACACUAACAACCGUAUAUCGAUUUCUAAAAAUAAAUUAUUUUAUUACAACUUCACUUACUGAGAAUGAAGUAGAUCUUAACCAUAGUCUUCUCUGUCAUACACAUUUAAA